GCCAUUUUCUCCUUUUCUUUCGUCUUCACCACGUCUUCCCUCUUUCUCUCUCUCACCUGUCAUCGCUCGCUGACAACACCGAAGUAGCACGUUAGCAGUGUGCUUACCGCGUUGUUCUGCAACCAAGGAAGCGAUUGAAAAAAGAAACGAAAACGGCCCCCCAAAGGGAAAAUGAUGCAAGGUGCCCCUCAGCCCCAGUCACAAGACUGGAAGAGCGACUCGAAUGUCAACAACUUUCGUAGCACAGGUGACGACAGCGUUCACACCGUCCCACCCGUGAAACCGGGGGAGCCGUCGCACAACGAGGACGUGGCCAACAGCGUUGAAAACCCAAUCGCGUACGAAUACGUGCCUACGCCCUUCAACCCCCCUCGCAUUGACCGCUGCCGUGUGGAUAACUUUCUGAUGCUGUUCAUUAUGGCGCUGAUGUUCAUCUUCGGCGUAGCGGCCCUCGCGACGCCCAUCGUGUCUUACUCCUCGCCUACCAUUUCCAUCUCGGUGGACUGCAUUUACGUCUGGGGCGUCUCCAGCGUCGGCACGCACCAGCGCAAUAGCAACCACGACGUCUUCUGCUACGACUUCACCCUCAAAUCCGAUGGCUUUGCGGCUCUCUUCAUCAUCUCUGUUCUUUUCAGCGUGGUGGGCUUUAUUCUGGCCUUAGUGCCCCUCAUCUGCGGUCGGGUGAUCUGCUGCCGCUUCUUGGUGCAGACGUUGAUUUUGCUGUGCUGGUUCUUUGUGAUGGUUGGGAUGAUCCUUGGCGCGCAGAUGCGCAACGAUGCGCUCUGCCGGUCCACGUCGCUCAAGAGCAUCGGCUUCAAGUACGGCCCCGCCUUCGGCCUCGCCGUGACGCUCUUCGUGCUCUUCACAAUAGUGAUUGGUGUUCUGAUUUUUUGGAUGAUUCGCUACCCGGCGAAGCUCCGCUACUAA